AUGGGCAGGAUUGAACUGGUUGAGAAAGUUGUAGUUGCACCUGAGCAGCCAACACCUUGCAAGAGAAUGUUCUUGUCAAAUAUUGACCUGUCCCUUGUUGUAUACCAAGACUCUGCAUCCUUUUUUGAUCCUCCAAGCAGCCAAAUGAGCUUUAAUGAGAUUUGUAGCAAAUUAUACAGUGCACUCAGUAAAAUGCUUGUGCAUUAUGACUUUAUGGCUGGUCGGCUAGUGCCCAGUUUGGAGGAGAAUCAUCGGUUUGAAAUAGACUGUAAUGGUGCUGGUAUUGUGGUUGUAGCUGCAAGAACUGAAAGAAAACUGAGUGAAUUUGGUGUGAUCUCUGCACCUAAUCCAGAGUUAAGGGAAUUGGUUGUUUUCUUGGAUGCAGAGGGUGAACAUGUAACUGACCUGAAAGAAAAACCCCUUGUAUCCUUGCAGUUAACACAGUUUGGUUGUGGAAGUUUGGCACUUGCUUCUCACUACAACCACUGCACACUGGAUGGUAUUGCAGUCAGAGAUUUUGAGGUGAAUUUGGCUGCAUUAACACGAGGUAAUGACCUCAUAAUAGUACCUAAUGCAGAUAGAAAACUGCUAAGAGCUCGCAACCCUCCAAAGAUAAAUCAUCCACAUUUUGAGUAUUCAAAAUCUACUGGCAUACAGAACUUGUUUACUGUCCGAGGCACAAGUGGAAUCAAUGUCAGACAGUCCGUGACAGAAAAUCAAAUUCAUUUGCUUUAUUUAUCACCUCAAAGAAUUUCCAGCUUCAAAAUGAAAGCUCUGAAGGACAACAACUUAAAGAAUAUCUCCACUUUUCAAGUUGUUGCUGCAAAAAUAUGGAAGGCAAGAAGUAUUGCAACAAAGAUGGCAGAGGAUAAAGUAUCAACAAUGUUGUUUCCAGUAGAUGUUAGGAAAAGGGUUGUUCCUGAGCUUCCAGAUCAGUUUGCAGGCAAUGCAUUGGUUCCUGGUUUUGCAAGAGCAACUGUGAGGGAACUCCAGGAACUAGAAGAUGCUUGUCACAUAAGGAAAGUACAAGAAGGGAUUGAAAGAUUGGAUGAUGAGUAUAUUAAGUCAGGUAUAGAUUGGUUGGAGGUGAAUAGAGGGGCACCUUGUAGGGAUUAUAGUUUUUCUUUGGUGUCAUGGUGGAGACUUGGACUUGAGGAGCAACUUUUUGCAUGGGGUAGACUAAAAUGUGCCACUCCGCUUGCAGUUAAGCCUGGUUUGGUCAUGCUCUUGCCAGGGCCACAAGAUCAAGGUGGUCUUAGUAUAUGCCUAGAUUUACCUGAGGAUCAAAUGCAGGAGUUUUCUAGGAUAAUGCUGGAAAUUUAG